AUGGGCCAUCGUAGAUUCUUACCUGCUCAACACCCUUGGCGUAUGAAAAAAAGCCCUUUUGAUAACACACGGGAGGUGAGAAUUGCACCUACACCACUAACUGGAGAUGAAGUGGCUGCACAACUUGAAAGUCUUCAACUUUUGCCAUUUGGGAAAACUAUAAGAAAAAGAAAAAGAAAAAGAUCAAGUGCAAAGGUAAAUCAUAAUUGGAAGAAAAUGAGUAUCUUUUUUGAAUUACCUUACUGGAGAACAAAUGCAUUAAGGCAUAAUAUAGAUGUGAUGCAUGUAGAGAAAAAUAUUUGUGAAAGCGUUAUUGGAACGUUACUGGAUCUUGAAGGAAAAACAAAAGAUACAAUAAAGUCUCGAUUAGAUUUGCAACGUAUGGGACUCAAGAAGCAGCUUCAUCGUAUAAUGGUUGGAGAUAAAUAUUUGAUUCCACCAGCACGUUACACGAUGUCAAAGGAAGAAAAGAUUAAUUUUUGUCGUAUCUUGAAGGAUGUGAGGUUUCCUGAUGCCUAUGCCUCAAAUAUAGGUCGUUGCGUAAAUAUAAAUGAACUCAAGAUUUCAGGACUUAAAAGUCAUGAUUAUCAUGUUAUACUUGAGAGACUUCUUCCCCUUGCCAUAAGAGGAUUGCUUCCCAAGGAUGCUUGUGAUCCUUUGAUGGAGUUGUCUUUAUUCUUUGGUGAUUUAUGCUCUAAAGAGUUAGAAUUAAAUGAGCUGGAUCGUUUACAAAAUCAAAUCGUAGUGACACUUUGUAAGUUGGAGCGCAUCUUCCCACCGUCAUUUUUUGAUGUUAUGGUUCAUCUAUCAAUUCACUUGGCAAAUGAAGCAAAAAAUGGAGGUCCUGUUCAAUAUAUAUGGAUGUAUCCCAUUGAAAGAUUUUUGCGCGUUCUAAAGAAUUAUGUGCGCAACAAAGCUCGACCAGAAGGUUCCAUAGCAGAAGGCUAUGUGUCUGAAGAGUGUAUGGUUUUGCGAUUACAACGAUUGGGUGAUGAGAGGAUUAGUAAACAACUAGAAAUAUUAUCAAAAGGGUCGGACUUUCGAGUGUUCAACCACAAAGGAUACAUUCUAAAUGGCUUCAAGUUUCGUACAAAAGAUGUCGAGAGACACCUAAAAACCCAAAACAGUGGUGUGAUAGUAAAAGAGGAUGAGUUAAGCGGAUAUGUUGAUUUUUAUGGUGUGGUUAGAAAGAUCACUGAAAUAAGAUAUUUGGAUAACAACUUUGCUAUACUAUUUGAAUGUGAUUGUGACAAGGAAAAUUGGUAUACGGUUGUUAAAGUCAAGCCAAGACAUGUCUUUGACAUGCCAGAUGUUGAAGCUAACGAUGACUUGGAAGCAUAUCAACUAAAUGAGUUGAGUGAUACACAUGGACAACUGGAAACACCGUUAGUAAACCAAGAUGAAGUUGUUUUAAAUGAGGCUGAUGAUGCACCAUUAGUAAACCAAGACAGUGAGGUUUUAAAUAAGGAUGAUGGUGUAGGACUAUGCUUGGAUGAAAGUAUUAUUGAGAAGGAAGAAGAACUAAAAGAAUUGGAUGAUGCAAGUGACUAUGAAACUGAUAGUGAUGAAGAAGAAUCUCACGCAAGCGAAUAUGAUUUGUCUGAGAAAGAAGAUUCUGACACGGAAUAA